AUGCAUUUGAUGCGCUACGACAUUGAUCCUGAUUAUGAUAUUUGGUGUGCACACGGUGAAGAUGCGGGUCCAUCUAUACAAGUUGUAGAUAAUGAAAGUUCAGAUCAUAUUGAUGUGGACUAUGAACUUCCAGAAAUGCUUCAAAUGUGUAAGAAAAGGUACACAAAAUUAUUAGCCACCCUCAUAUUGUACAAAUUCAAAGCUGAUAAUGGCCUUCCUACUGAAUCAUUUGAUGAAUUGCUUGAAGUUUUCAAAGACAUGCUUCCAGAUGUUAAUACUUUUCCUGAAUCUAACUACAUAAUAAAAAAAUUCUUGAAAGAAUUUGAUUUGGGGUAUGAGAAGAUUGAAGCAUGCAUCAAUGAUCGUUGCCUAUUUAGAGGUGAAAAGAAGAAGAACAUGCAGAACUGCCCCGAGUGUAAUGCUUCAAGGUGGUAUGUGAAUCCACGGACCAAUGAGAUAAAUAAGGGAGUGCUUGCAAAAGUUUUGCGUUAUUUUCCUAUAAUUCCUAGGAUUCAGAGGAUGUUUUUUUCAGCAAGUAAUAGUGAGCUGUUGACUUCGCUCUCUACUCAUCACAAUCAAGAUGUCAUGAUGCGCCAUCCAGUCGACUCAAUUCAAUGGCUCACUGUUGAUCAGAAGUGGCCAAGCUUUGCUUCUGAGCCACGAAACUUGAGAUUUGGACUAGCCACUGAUGGGUUUAAUCCUUAUAAAAAUCUAAGUUCAACACACAGUAUCUGGCCUGUGAUUUUAGUCAUCUACAAUCUGCCACCUAAUGUUUGCAUGUCACAAAAAAAUUUGAUGCUAAGUCUACUCGUUCCUGGCCCCAAACAACCAGGGAAUGACAUAGACAUGUAUUUGGAGCCAUUGAUAGAUGACUUAAAGGAGCUGUGGAGUAAUGGGGUGGAGAUGUAUGAUGCAUACAAGAGGGCGAUGUUCAACCUGAAAGCUAUCUUGUUGCGGAUAAUAAAUGACUUUCCAGCUUAUGGUAAUCUAGCUGGUUUAACUACAAAAGGGAGUUUUCAUGUACUGCCUUUACGUCACAAUUUGGAUGUCAUGCAUAUUGAAAAGAAUGUGUGUAAAAGUGUGUUAGCAACCAUAUUAGAUGUCAAUGGUAAAUCGAAAAUUGACAAUGAGUCUCGUAGAGAUCUUGAGUUACUAGAACUGAUGGAAGAUGUGCCAAAUGAUGAAAAACGUGAUAAAUUAGAGCUACCAUCUGCACCUUAUACAUUAACAAAGGUUAAGAAACCUAAAUUUUGUGGUAAGUUGUAUUUUCAAAGGUUUCCUGAUGAGUAUUGCAGUAAUAUUGCUAAUUGUGUCAAGCUGCAACAGUGCAAGAUACAAGGUCUUAAGUCUCAUGACCAUCAUGUUUUAAUGCAACAAUUGUUGUCUGUUGCAUUAAAAGGGCUUUUACCUGAAGGCCUAAGAAAAGCAAUAUGGCGUCUAUCUUCGUUUUUCAAUGAGUUGUGUCAAAGGGUAUUGGACAAAAAAAGGUUGGAAGAGUUGGAAGAUGAGAUUGUAUUGACUUUAUGUUUGCUGGAGAGAUACUUCCCUCCGUCCUUCUUUGACAUUAUGAUUCAUCUUACUAUUCAUAUCGGGAGAGAAGCUAAGCUAUGUGGUCCGGUGCAUUUUAGGUGGAUGUACCCUUUUAAGAGGUACUUAAGGACUAUAUAUGUUAAGAAUCGUGCUAGACCCGAAGGAUCAAUAGCUGAAAAUUAUUUAGCUGAUGAGUGCUUGAGGUUUUGUGGUCAAUACAUGAAACAAGUAGAUGCUAUUAGUUCAAGAAGGAAACGCAAUGAAGGAGUUGACGAUGAAACAAUUGUAGAAGGGUCUACACUGUUAAAAGGGCGUUCAGUAAUCUUAUCAGAUUCGAUUAUGUGUGAAGCUAGUGUAGAGGGGAUUUUGUCGGAUACUUUGAAGUUGCUUGUGAAAGGGCCUAGAUUUUAUGCAAUGUCGCAUAUUGGUUUUAUAAUACAUGGAAAACACUUUUACACAGUAGAUGCAAAGGUCUCCACGACGGAUUAUGGUGUCCAUAUUGAAGCAGAUUCUAGUUUGAAUUAUUAUGGAGUUAUAAGAGAUAUUUUGGUGUUAGACUUCUACACUUUCCGGUUGGCUAUAUUUCGGUGUGACUGGGCGAACAUUGUUAGUGGUGUUAAAAAGGAGGAUGGGUUCACCUUAGUAAACCUUCAUGAUGGUUUAGAUAAAAAGGAUCCAUUCAUUUUAGCAUCACAUGCAAAACAAGUGUUUUAUUCUAGAGAAACUGAAAGUUCUAGUUGGUAUGUGGUGUUGAAGGCUCCUCCAAGAGGCUUUCAUGAUUUGAAGGUUUUUGAUGAGUCUGUUUUUACACCAUAUGUUCCACAAGAUGUUUCAGCACUUGACAUAGAUAACUGGGAUAGUGAUCAAAGUUGA